UAUUUUUAGUGAUGUUUGAUGUUUUUAAUUUUUGAUAGGUGAGAAAGCGUAACAAAACAGUAUUGUGAAGGGAAAUACGUAUAUAUUUUAAUGAAAAAAUUCAAUUUUCUUUUUUAACCAAAUAGUUGGAUAUAAAUUUUUAAUUGCCCCUGAUUUUAGAUUAUGCAAUGCUGUAUUUAUUUUAUCUAUUAACUGCAGCAUAAUUUCAGCACAUUUAAUUCGCUAUUUGUAAACAAAAAGAAAAAAAAAUGACAAUCAAAUUGUUUUUAGAGUUAUGCCUUUUCUGUGUGUAAAAUGAUUUUUAUGAGUUGUUAAAAAAUACCAUUGAUAAUUAUGGAGUCCCCAAUGCAAGAAACGUUUUAUGGGUCAAACUCGGAAGAAAGUCAUGUUAUGUCCGAGAAAGUUCAAAGUUUGGCCUCAAAUAUAUAUCAAGAGUUAGAAAAGAUGAUGGAAAAAUAUGAUGAAGAUGUUGUAAAAGAGCUGAUGCCGCUUGUAGUAAAUGUUCUCGAAAGUCUUGACAUGGCAGUAAUGGACAAUCAAGAACAUGAGGUUGAACUAGAACUUUUACGAGAAGAUAAUGAACAAUUAGCAACUCAGUAUGAACGUGAAAGACAAUUAAGGAAAGCAGCUGAGCAGCGACUCAUUGAAAUUGAAUAUUCUACUGAUGAUGAUAAGCAAAAUUUGUCAGAAAAAGUUGAGAGUUUGGAGUCUUUGGUUAGAAUGCUGGAGCUGAAAGCCAAAAAUUCAUCUGAUCAUGCUAUAAGAUUAGAAGACAAGGAUGCAGAAAUGAGAAAAGAAUAUUCAACUCUCCAUGAACGAUACACCGAACUCUUCAAGACCCAUAUGGAUUAUAUGGAAAGAACUAAAAUAUUAUUUGGUUCUGAGAAACUAGAAGCAAUAAAUAAUAAAGUAAGACCUCUCAAUUUUUCAAAAUCGGAAACUGUUCCUUUUGUCUCUCCACAAGAAAUCAGUAAUAAAUCAAUCACAAGUCCAGUUGAUGUCUCUUCAAUGGUAUCCCCUACGUUAAGCACAGACUCAAAUACAAGUCUUAAACAUGAAAUAGAGGAGGCAACUUUUACCAAUAUUGGUACUAGUCCCAGGAGGAAAAGUGGUUCACGCCGCAGAGAGAAAUCUAUGAGUGAAAAAUCCCAAGUGACGGAUAAGCCGACAUUAAGUGACAGGAGCACUGGAACAAGAGAUGGCUGGGUGGAUGAUUUGGAUGCCAACUUAAAUGAUGCAAUUGUUACCACUCCGGAAAUGGACGAAGUUGAAGAAAUGGACGGAUUUAGUUUUAACCUGGAAAACAGCACACUUACAAGUGAACGUCGUAGGCAGAAUACCCUGUAUCAGGAAUUGAGUUUCCAAGAUAAUGAUGCUCUUGUGGAAAUGGAUGAAGGUGCCGACAUUUCAGGUGCUGGCAGGUUCACUGGUUCUGGUGAUUAUGCAUCAUCAGAAAGUGAAGGGGACAGUGAGAGAGAUAAUAAGGCUAAUGACAAUUUCUUCGGAAUGGGAAAAGAAGUUGAAAAUCUUAUAUCUGAAAACAAUGAACUGCUUGCUACAAAAAAUGCACUUAAUGUUGUCAAAGAUGAUCUUAUUGCCAAAGUAGAUGAGCUAACUAGCGAAACAGAGAUACUGAAGGAGGAGUUAAAACAGUAUGCAAGUGUAAAAGAAAAGUUGAAGCAAAAAGUUGCAGAACUAGAAGAAGAACUUAAAAAGGCGAAAGAGACAGAUAAUCCAAAAUCUGGAAAAUCAGAUGAUGAGGAAGAGUUGCCGAUGGCCCAAAGAAAGAGAUUUACACGGGUAGAAAUGGCACGUGUUUUGAUGGAGAGGAAUCAAUAUAAGGAACGUUUGAUGGAAUUACAAGAAGCUGUCAGGUGGACUGAAAUGAUUCGAGCUUCCCGCAGUGAUCCUUCGUUAGACACUAAAAGGAAUAAAUCAUCUAUAUGGAAAUUUUUUAGUAAUUUAUUCAAUCCAAAUGAGAAGCCCAUAAAGAAGCCUGUGCAUAUGCAGUACAAUGCACCCACUGCCAGCUCUGUUCCAGCAUUAGAUACCAUGAGAAAGAAGAGAUUGGGAGAUCGGCACAGACUUGAUAUGCUGGAUAGUGACUUAGUUUCUGAGAAGCUACAGCAGCAGAGAGCCAAGGAACGUAAAGAACAAUAUAAGCAGGUGAGAGCUCACGUGAGGAAGGAAGAUGGGCGCUUACAGGCUUAUGGCUGGAGUCUCCCUACUAAGAGUGGUUCAGUGAGUAAAAGCACUGAAGCGGAAUCACAGUCAAAGACUUCAACAUCUGCCGUUCCUGUCCCAGUCCCCGUAUUCUGUCGUCCACUCUUGGAAAAGGAAUCUGGAAUGAAGGUCUGGUGUGCAGCUGGUGUUGAUUUGACCGGAGGGAAGUCCGAAACCGAGAACAUAGAGAUAUCUACAGUGGGUUCUAGUUUUUUCUAUGUCAGUUCUCCUGAGGCCACUGAAGAAGUCGAAAAAUUGAAUAACGAGCUUAAAGAAUAUGAAAAGCAUCGUAAGGAACAAACUGAAAUGGAUCAGAAGUUAUCUUCAUUUGUUUGGAUUUGUACAAGCACACACACAACUAGUAAAGUAUCUGUUUUUGAUGCUAAUAAUCCUGCUGAAAUACUAGAUUCAUUUCAAGUUUGCAACUCUCAUCUCCUCUGUAUUGCUAGUGUUCCAGGAACCAAGUCUACUGACUAUUCUGUGAGUGAUGAAUACUUAAGGAUGGGACGAAGAGAAUUGAUGUCAGAAGCAAAUGAUGCUCAGCCAGGUAAAGCAGGAGACUUGCUUUUCGUAACUGUAUCUGAAACUGGCUCCGAUUCAGCAGCAUCUACUCCUGUCAAUAUUGAUAAUGCCCAAAUUGGUGAUAUUAGUGAUAAUGCAAAAGAAAUGUCACCAGGAACUGCACAAAGUAUUGUUGAAAAUGGUGUUUUGCCAAAUGACAGCUCAACUUUUGAACAGAACAAAAUUACUAGGCCUUCUUCAUUGAAUGUGAACACCGGUGAACGGGAAAAAAUGUCAACAGUUCUUCCAACAAUGUGGCUUGGCUCUCAAACAGGACAUAUCUAUGUUCAUUCAUCAGUGACUCAAUGGUGGAGAUGUAUUAGCUCAGUUAAACUUAAAGACUCUGUUUUAUGUAUUGUACAUAUAAGAGGACGUGUGUUUGCUGGACUUGCUGAUGGGACGAUUGCUGUCUUUCACAGAUCAUCUGAUGGAGAGUGGGAUCUUACCAACUUUCAUCUCAUGGAUUUGGGACGGCCACUGUACUCUGUCCGGUGCAUGACCAUUGUUGAUAAAAACAUAUGGUGUGGAUACAGGAAUUGUAUCCAUGUCGUGGAUACGGAAACACUAUCCAUAAUUGAAACAUUUGAUGCUCAUCCUCGGAAAGAGAGUCAAGUGAGGCAAAUGGCUUGGAUUGGAGAUGGGGUGUGGAUUACUAUUAGACUUGAUAGCACAUUGCGGUUGUAUCACGCUCAUACUCGUCAACAUCUUCAAGAUGUGGAUAUUGAGCCGUACGUUAGCAAAAUGUUAGGUACUGGAAAAUUGGGUUUCUCCUUUGUGCGAAUAACAUCCUUGUUAGUUUCUUGCAAACGAUUGUGGAUGGGUACUGGCAAUGGUGUAAUCAUAUCUGUACCUUUAACAGAAGGUAAAAAUCAUCGACCAUCGACUGAAGCUACACCUAGUUUGGGAAGAGCUCCUGGUGGUGUUGUAAGAGUCUACACUGAAGGAAGUACAGAGUGUACAGGAGCAGACUUUGGAUUCAUUCCGUAUUGUUCAAUGGCUCAAGCUCAGCUUUCCUUUCAUGGUCACAGGGAUGCCGUCAAGUUUUUUGUUGCUGUUCCAGGCAUUUCACCCGUUAAACGAAUUAUUAGUGACAAAGAGGGAAAAUCACUUCAUUCAGAACUAAAGCAGGCGAUAUCUAAAGAUCGAUCGGAGAAGAAUAAACCAGAUUCUAUGCUGAUACUCUCGGGUGGUGAAGGUUACAUUGACUUUAGAAUAGGGGACGGUGAUGAUGAUGAACACCUGUUGUCUCUUUCAUCUGAUACUGAUGAACGGAGACCAGCUCUUGCUGUGAAAGGUGACCAAAGUCACCUUAUAGUCUGGCAGGUUGCUCUUAGUGAAUGAAACAAUAGAAUUUGAGAAAAUAUUUAUUCAAAUUUUGACAAAUUGUGCAUGAUGUGACUAUUUAUUUAACUUGACUGUGUUAUUUUAAAAUUUGUUGCCAUAGUUAUAUUUUUUUAAAUAUUUUAAUGAUUGUUUUUAAUUGUUAUUAUUUAAGGAAGAAUUUCUAGUCAAUGCACAGAACUCGACGUGAUUUGUUAUAUAAGUUAUUAAUGCAUUCAUUUUUAGCCUCAAGCUUUAGAUUAUUAAGAAAUUUUUUCCUAUGUAAAGGAAUUUAUAUGUAAUAUUUCUAAUUGUACAUAAUAAAUAUAAUUCUUUGUUUUA